AUCAAGGUGCGCACUUGCUGGUCCCGCUACAGGGCAAACAGUGGUAUCAAUUCUAAGAUAGGAAGGCGGUGAAAGGAGCUUCCGCAUGUGCCCCCCCUCCUGCCGGCAGAAUCAGCAAUAACCCCACCAUGCAUGUCCCAACGGAGCUAACAGUUACGUACCCCUUGAUAUAAAGAAGUGGGAGCUGAUUCUCUCCGUUUCCAUCAACUGACAUCUCUUUCAAACCAAACGCAAUCCAUCCAGCUCUUCCACAACACCUUUCCGAGACCUUCAUUACCUUGAAGAAGUCACCAUCCAACCGAGCUCUUCCUUCGUACACCGGGACCAUCAUCAGAAUCUCAACACAAAUCGUUUUAUUGGCACUCGUCCAGAAUGUCAGCAACCACGAUCGCCCAGAAGGGCAUCGAUGCCCUCGCAAAGGGUGAUUAUGCCACGGCCAUUACAAAUCUCGACAAGGCACUCGAGUCUUCCAACUCGCCAGUGUGGCUCCUAGCUCGCUCCAAGGCACACCAAAAGGCCAAGAACCUCGAAGCAGCUCUACACGAUGCCGAGCUGGCUUACCAUGCCGCAGCCGAACGUGGCUCUGGUACAUCACGCAGCCACAUGAUCCAAGCCCAGUACCGCCGUGCUGUCAUCUACUACCAGCUUGAACGCUUUGCCGAUGCAGACUGCUGUGCUAAGUGGAGCAUGCUGCUUGCCGAAGGCCGACCAGCUCGCGAGGACGAUGGCGUGGAGAAGAGGGUCGAUUCCGAAGGAAAUUAUACUGUCACAUACGAGGAGUAUCUUGCCGACAAGGACAACCAACCGAAACCGAAGACCGGCAAUGCUCUCGCCGCUGCCGAGAAGGGACCUUAUGCCACGGACUGGAAUAUGGCAUUUUCGUGGAGAAGCCAGGCUCUCGGAAGGCUUAAGAAAUUGCCCAAAGAUCACCCUGGCUGGAAGGUCAAUGUCACCAAGAUUCCGCCUAAGCCCGAGCAGAAGAAGGUUAAGAGCCCCGAGCCUGCCGAGUCGACGAGUGAAGAUGAGGUGCAGGAGCAAAAGGCCCCCAAGAAGGAGGCUCCUGCCCCUGGAUCAGUUCCCGACGAGAAGAUGAAGCUGCGUGUUGAUUUCUACCAGACCAACCAGACUGUCACCGUCAGUCUGUUUGUCAAGGAUGUCAAGAAGGAAGAUUUGAAGGUCGAAUUUGGCAAGCACCAAAGUACGCAGGUUCGGAUUUCCCCUAUCCUUCGCGAAGCCGCACCUUACGUCAAGCCCGGUGACAGAGAAGCCACCUCGACCUUUGUUCUCGCCGGUGAGAUCGAUCCCUCGGCCUCCAAGUGGUCCGCUUCGCCACGCAAGAUUGAGCUCGUCCUGCAGAAGGCCGCACCUGGUAUCAAAUGGGGUCGUUGGGGCGACGAAAAGAUUGGCACCGUGGAAUCCGAUGACCAAGAGCCUGCUACAACAGCGGCAUCAUCUUCUGCUGCCUCAACUGCCAAGCCAGCUACUUCUUCGGCCUCUACUCCCGCAAAGUUGCCCGCCUACCCCACGAGCAGCAAAUCUGGCCCCAAAAACUGGGACAGCCUUCCUGUCGACGACGACGACAAGGAGGAUGGCCAGGAUAUCAAUGGCUUUUUCAAAACUCUCUACAAGGGUAGUACGCCUGAACAGCAGCGUGCCAUGAUGAAGAGCUUCCUCGAGAGCAAUGGCACGACGCUGAGCACAAACUGGGAAGAGGUCAAGGAUAAGGUGGUUCCGACGGUGCCCCCGGAGGGAGUCGAGCCCAAGCCGUGGAACGGUUAG